AUGCCGGGUGGAGCCGUUCUUUCUCGGCCUGCCGACGUUGAGCGCGUCGAGGCCCCAGUCACCAUGAAGGCAUACCUCAUGUGUGCCUUCGCUGCAUUUGGUGGUAUCUUCUUUGGUUAUGACUCCGGUUACAUCAGCGGUGUCCUCGGCAUGCCUCACUUCAUCGAGCAGUACGAGGGUCUUGAUCGCCACAACACUCCCCCUGACCAAUUCGUGGUCGCAUCCUCCCGCAAGUCCCUAAUUGUCUCUAUCCUGUCCGCCGGUACAUUCUUCGGUGCUCUGAUUGCUGGUGAUCUGGCUGAUUGGUUUGGACGUCGAACCACCAUCAUUUGUGGUUGCUUGAUCUUCAUCGUCGGUGUGGUGCUCCAGACCGCCGCUAACGCCUUGGGACUUCUCGUCGCGGGUCGUCUGAUUGCUGGAUUCGGCAUCGGUUUUGUCUCGGCUAUCAUCGUGCUCUACAUGUCCGAGAUUGCUCCCCGCAAAGUCCGUGGUGCGAUCGUCUCGGGCUACCAGUUCUGCAUCACCAUUGGUUUGAUGCUGGCCUCUUGUGUGGACUACGGCACUCAGAACCGCCCGGACACCGGAGCAUACCGAAUCCCCAUCGCUCUGCAGAUGCUUUGGGCUGUCAUUUUGGCCAUCGGCUUGUUCUUGCUCCCCGAGUCUCCUCGUUUCUACAUUCGCAAGGGUCAGAAGGAGAAGGCUCGCGAGGUCCUGGCCCGCAUCCGUGGCCAGCCCGCCGAUUCGGAGUUUGUCGAGCUGGAGCUCAAUGAGAUCGAUGCCAACAACCAGUACGAGAUGCAGGCCAUGCCCCAGGGCGGUUACUUUACUACCUGGCUGAGCUGCUUCCAGGGUAGUCUGUGGCACCCUAACAGUAACCUCCGUCGCACAAUCCUGGGUACCUCGCUCCAGAUGAUGCAACAGUGGACCGGUGUCAACUUCAUCUUCUACUUCGGAACGACUUUCUUCAAGCAGCUGGGCACAAUCCAGGAUCCCUUCCUGCUGAGCAUGAUCACCACCAUUGUCAACGUCCUGUCUACCCCCUUCUCCUUCUAUGCCAUCGAGAAACUUGGUCGUCGUCCCCUACUCCUCUGGGGUGCUCUUGGCAUGGUCAUCUGCCAGUUCAUUGUCGCCAUCAUCGGUGUCACUGACGGUGGCAACCCCAAGGCCAUCAGUGCGAUGAUCGCGUUCAUCUGCAUUUACAUCUUCUUCUUUGCGAGCACUUGGGGCCCUGGCGCCUGGGUCGUUAUCGGUGAAAUCUACCCUCUGCCCAUCCGCUCCCGCGGUGUCGGUUUGUCUACCGCCUCGAACUGGCUGUGGAACUGUAUCAUUGCGGUCAUUACCCCAUACAUGGUCGAUACCGACAAGGGCAACCUGGGCGCCAAGGUCUUCUUCAUCUGGGGCGGUCUCUGCACCUGUGCCUUUGUUUACACUUACUUCCUCGUCCCCGAGACCAAGGGUCUGACGCUCGAGCAAGUGGACAAGAUGAUGGAGGAGACCACUCCUCGCACCUCGGCCAAGUGGAAGCCUCACGGGACCUUCGCUGCUGAGAUUGGACUUGGUGGUGAGAAGGACAACCAGCCCACCGUUACCCAGCAGGAGGUUUAG